CAGCCCGGUGCUGCCUGACUCCCCCCACCCCAGGGUGCGGGAGCCUGCUGCAGGAAGGCAGCACAGAAAGGCUCUUCACAUCUGAGUUUCUGAGCUUGGAGCCGGAGGCUGCUCUGCAAAUGACUGUGUCUGCAAAGGAAGGGAAGGAGAAGAGAAGGGAUUCCCACCCAUGUUGCUGCUCUUUGCUGCUGCUCUCCCCCCUUCCUGGCUCAGUGCACAGAAGACCUGGCUGUGGCAGGAGUCUCCCUGGACACCCAACAGCACCCUGAAACUUCUGUUCUUGUUUUCAGGUUGCGUUUCAUGUUUUACACUGUCCUCCAAAACAUGGGAGAGCGAGAAGGGGAUGGUGCCAGGCGCAAAGCUGGGAGCUCUCUGGAGGCAGACAUGCUCUGAUGUUCUCUGUCUACUAAAACUCUGGAACAGAGAGAAAGAGAGAUGCUGCCAAUUAGUAAAGAUGCUUUACCCCAUGUAGCUGUUGUGUUGGGAGGAAGAGGAGAGAGGAGACAGGGAAGAUCAGGGCACAUCUGCUCUCUCUGUAUUUUGCUGCUCUGCUAGAUCUGCACGUCAGACUUUCCCAUUGUCUAUGUGUGGGGUUGCAAUACACCUCAGGAUAAACUAGGAAGAGAUACGCUAUUGGCUAUUUGCUAGGCGGUGUGUCAUCUGGCAGGCUGUAUAUAUCACAGGGAAAGCAGGGACCACUCAGCCUCUGAGCAAAGCUGCUUCAGUGUAUAGCUCAGAGAUACUUUGAGAAUGAAAAGGGAAAGGCAGCCCUUGCUUUUUUGAUUCUGACAAGCUCUGAAAACUCCUGGGAAACAGAGACCUGAUGGAUGAAGGACUACGUGGAAAACCAGUAAAGCAGAUUUCAAAGGAGAAGUUGCAGGAGAGAAGCAGAGCAGUGCCCAAAAGGAAAUAUUCACUAGCAUUUCUUCCUAGGUGCAGAGAGAAAGUGUUUGGGGAUCUCUGAUAUUUCAGCAUCUGAAUCAGCUUCUGUAUGUAAGACAUGCGGGAUUGAAAAAGGACAGCAGCUGGAGAGUCCCUGGAGCAAAGCUCACAGGUAAUCAACACAGGAAGAAGGACCCAUUUAUCAACUUUUGUAGGUAGUUUGCAACCACGGGGCAGAUUUUUAAAAUACAAGCACGUGUUCCCUCCUGCAACCACUGACUUUAGCACCUGAGCUGCCAAGAAGGAGGGCAGAGAGGAACGUGCAGCCUACCCAGGGAAACGGGCAGCACUGGAGCUUUGCUUCCCGAGCCAUGAGCAGGCACACGUGGUUCCCUUUGCAGUACAUCUCCAAGCCCUUCUGGAGAGCGGAGAAUCACAACACGACCAAUUUCUUCUCUGCACUGUAUAGCUUCCCUAACCAAUCCUUCUUCCACAGUGGUUUGGACCUGGAGGACCUGGGGGACUUUGACAGCAGGACCAAGUAUGAGGGCGAGUCCCAGAGCCGGACGGUGAAGGCACUGCUGAUAGUAGCUUACUCUGUGAUCAUCUGCAUCUCGCUCUUCGGCAACAUCCUGGUGUGCCAUGUGGUGAUCAAGAACAAAAGGAUGCACUCCGCCACCAGCCUCUUCAUCGUCAACCUGGCUGUUGCCGACGUGAUGAUCACCAUUUUGAACACCCCCUUCACGCUGGUGCGGUUUGUAAGCAGUACCUGGAUUUUUGGAAAGCUGAUGUGUCAUAUAAGCCGUUUUGUUCAGUACUGCUCUGUUCACGUGUCUGUGCUGACCCUUGCUGCCAUUGCUCUGGAUCGGCAUCAGGUUAUCAUGCACCCUCUCAAGCCGCGCAUGUCCAUGGUGAAAGGAGGUAUUUGCAUCAUUCUCAUCUGGGUCAUGGCCAGCUGCUUCUCACUGCCUCAUGCCAUUUAUCAGACUUUGACAAGAUUUUAUAUCGGAAACAGAACAAUACGAAUGGUCUGCCUCCCCAGCUUCCCUCCUCCUGCUGAUCUUUUCUGGAAGUAUUUGGACUUGACUACUUUUGUUCUCUUGUAUGUCCUGCCCUUGCUUGUGAUCUCCAUCACAUAUACCACGGUGGCCAAGAAGCUCUGGCUGAGAAAUGCCAUCGGGGACCUCACCAUGGAGCAAUACUAUGCCCAUCAACGGAAAAAGAAGAUGACACUGAAGAUGUUGAUGGUGGUGGUGAUUGUGUUUGCAGUCUGCUGGUUCCCCCUGAACUGCUAUGUGGUGUUGAUCUCCUGUAGGGCCAUCCACAGUAGCAAUGCUCUGUACUUUGCUUUUCACUGGUUUGCCAUGAGCAGCACUUGCUACAAUCCCUUCAUUUACUGUUGGCUGAAUGAGAGCUUCAGAUCUGAGUUGAAGUCCUUGCUGUGUGUGUGCCAGCAAAGAAGUGCAGCCCAGAGUCAUGCUCUGCAGUCCAUCUCCCCCGCUUUCAGGCACGCCUGGGUUGAGAACUGCCGUUAUAAAAGAGGCAGCACCUGCCAGAAGGCAAGGGCAUCUUCCCAGAGGAACUCUGCGAAGGCAGACAUAUCCAGUGUUCAGCCAAUUGUGGCAGAAAGCUAAACCCUUCAUCUGAUGGCCAGGCAGCAUUGUGUUGUAGUUGCAGAAUCAUGGGAAAAAUUGAGUUGGAAAGGACUGCUGGAGACCAUCUAGUCCAACCUUCCGCCCAAAGCAAGCUACCACCAGUUUUCAACUUGGUUGGUCAUGACCAUGCCCAGUCAGGUUUUCAAAAGUCUCCAGGAAUGGACUGCCCAUAUGUGGGCUCCAGAAUGAGGGGUGUCGAGUGAAUUCUUCACUGGAACAGUCAGCACAGAUCAAGAGAAUUCUUUAACAGCACACAAAAUCUGUCAAAGCCUAAGCAAACAAGGGGAACCUACACUGAUUAUACACACGCCAACUGAUGUACACUGUUUUAAAGUAGAUGGAUGUUUAUGCAUAUAGAAACACUGUAUUGAUUCUUUCUUUUUAUUUAUUUGUAAUUUGUUCAGGAUGAACAACAUUUAUAGCCAUUCUCAAAUUUAUACCCGCAACAUCUCAGCCAUUUACUCUGCUGUUACAGAAACACCACAGCUCUGCCCGUCUGCCUCAGUGUGACCCAGGUGUGUUCCUUGCAGCAUGGCAGACAGCCCUGCCUGCUGGUGAAGGGGGAAACAUCUCAAAAAUCACAAUGGAAACACAGCUUAGAAGCAAGACAGCAAAAACUCACUCCAUUUUUACAGGUGUUCUUCUUUCAGUGGCUUGUUUUGUUCUGUAAGGAUUACUAGUAGUCACCAUAAAACACCGCUUAUACUGCAGUCUGUGGUCAAGAAAUUAUGCAAGUGAGCUUAUUCUCAAGCACUAGCUAGCUGAGGAACCAACCCUUUCUUAAAACAUAUACCACCUGUCAUUUUGUUAAGGACUAAACUAAUGCUCACUCACCAAACACCACCAGACACCCAAUAAAUAGAAAUGGUUCCAGAGGAAUUUUUCAUUUUUGUGCUUUCCACCAUAUUUCUUUUUUGAUGUAUUUCUGUUAUCUAUAUAGGAGAUACUAAAUCUGAAGUAAAAUGUUGACAGUCAAAAUCAUUUUAUGGAGCUUGUACCAGUGGAGACACCAUUUUGAGUCUGACAGUGUGACAGUCAUGUCCACUGGUCCCAGCAAGUUAAGCUGUUUGACUUCAGUGUAACUCCCCAAGAUGGGUGACAACGGCCUGUAGGGUAUGUUCAGAGGAGGCCCUCAGGGACUGAUGGACUUCGGAGACCAACCUCCCUCCCUCCCCUUCCAAAUCAGGGACAGUCAGCUGGCAGGCCAGGGCUGGGAACUGGGCUGUGACCAGUUUCUCUGGCACUGGGAGUGCAGGCUCACUGUAGGCAAGCAAACUGGGGCUCUCGCUCUGUGUGUGAGGAAGGGCAGGUAGGUCCACACAAAUAUGCUACACAAAUAUGGCUCUUUACCUAUUCCAUUAAAAACUUCAUGAUUAAGCAUAAAAACUGUAUGCAAGCACUCAGAGGUGGUAAAGUCUGAAUUGCCUUGCCAGGAUGUAUAUGGAGACAAGGAGUGUUGGCCAGUAGGUACCUGUACUGCUGAUAUAUGUCGGGCUUCAUUAUAGUCUCUAGACUUUCCCUCAACAAUGUCUCACAUCAUUAUAUUUCCUAAGAAAAUUGUAUAUUGUCAUGUUUUAACGCUAUUAAUUGACCUUUCUUUAAAGUCUAAAUUAUUUGCAGUUGCAAUAAUACUUUAUUUUUUACCAGUCCUCAAGAACUGUGUCCUUCGUGGCUUCACUGUCAGACUGGCAGCCCUUGCCCAGUGUGUCAGCCUGUCUGUCUGUCCUGGAGUUAACCCACCGGGCAGCAGCAAUAACUGCUUGGCAGCUGCUGAACAGAGCACCCUGCUUUGCCUGAGGUGGAACCUGCAAUGUAAAUCUAAAUGUUGGGAAAAAUCUGCAGUUUUUAGAACCAAAAGGCAUGAGGGAGAAAAAGUUGGCACUAGAUAAAAGAGUUCAUUUGUAAACCUUUAUAUACUCCCCUGCUCAAUAAAACUGAACAUCUGAUCAUGUGCCACAGCAAUUGCCUCAAAUACUGAUACUUGCCUUCCUGCUGCUCUUAGUGACCGAGUGCUUUCAGCAGCGUUUAUCCUGUUUUGAGCAGUGGCUCCCCAUACGUAACGAAAUAGCUGAGAUUCCUCGGCAUGUGGGCAAGCGGGCCUGCAGUGCCUGGACAGCUGGUGCAGGCAGCUGCUGGUCUGACGGGGCACAGUGGGAGCCAGCCCCAGCAUUUCAGAGCUGGGUUUGGAUCAGCAGUGAGAAAUAUCAAGUGGGAGCAUAUGGCCAACUUCAAACCAAUGGCUGUGAAAAUUCACCAAAGUUGCAUUUUUCUCUUUCUCGGAAAGAAUAAUCAGUUUAUUUCUGUCCAUUUAGUGCUGGCUUGGCCUUUGUGAUUGCAAAGGAUUUAGCCUCAAAAGACAGCGAAAGGAAAAUGAGUUUCAUCCUUCCUAUGCAAAGUAACACUAACUACACUUCUACAGCUUGGCAUUUCCCCCAAAGACUGGCAGUUUGCUACAGUUGCAGACUUGAGUGAAAGACUAUUUAAAUUUGGAAAUCAAGAUGGUUUGAUAGGUACAAAAAUGUUGACAUGUGACCUGAGAAUGUUAUUUGCAUCUAAAAAACAAACUGUGAAGCUCAGGAAAGAGUAGCAGGAAUCUUGCUUCUUCCUAAGAUAAUUGUGGGAAGGGGAGAGAACAGAAGCACACUAGACAAGGAACAGAGACCUCACGUGGCUUGAGAUACUGCAAAACACACCGGCAUUUCCAGUGUUAGUGCUUCAAGUAAUUGCUCCCCUCUUACAAACAGCUAUCACUUCUCCCUACCCCACGUCUGCAGGAGUUACUCUGCAGAACGAUGCACUUAAGGGAGGAAAUUGAAUUAGAAAACUCUCUUCAGAGAACAAGCACCCAAGACUCAGAUAUCUUCUCUGAUUCACCUACAAGAAAUGUGUUUAGCAGACUUUCUCCUGUAGGCUUUAUGUGUGAGCCUUUUUUUAGUUUAUGCUAAUAAAGAAGUGUAAGUGGAGAUCUGAAUGGAGCUGGCAUGGUGGAGGCAGGCAUAUGAGUCUUUCAUUUUAUGUUACAAGUAAAUAACAGCAUAAACCUGAUAUUACUACUAAGUUGGGGUUUUUACUGUGUGGAAAACUUGAAACUUGUACCACUGCAAAUGGUGUUUCCAUAAUGUAACUGUCUAGAGGGUUUCUAUAAACAAGAUGUCUCUUGUUAAAAAAACAAACAAACCACAAACCCAAAUACAACAUUGUGAAGGUGAGUAAUUUAAUGAAACAUCUUCUCAUUCAAAUGUUGUUCUUUUUACAUUGGAAAAAUCCAAUGAAAUUAAAUAAUGUAGUUUGCAUGUAUAUCCCACCACACUCCCAGACAACUGCUAGAACUGAUUACUCUGGAACAAAUAAAACAAACCGAGUUGACACAUCUUUUUAACAGGACAGCAAGCUGGGUCUGGCUUCCUUCAGCCUUUGCAGGGAGGGAUGCACAGUGUACCCCAAGGUCAAAUCCACAGCCUGGCUGUGUGACAGCAGCAUGUAUGCAGAGAUGUCCCUCACCUGGCAAGGUUUCUCUAAGGGACAGUUUGCUCCCAGAUAGAAAACUGACGUUCGUUUCCUAACUGCACACCCUAUGCUAAUGCUUACACAAACAGUGCUUUCUUCAGUAAGAAUCUGCAGUCAGGCAAUGUUGAGCUGCCUUAAAAAAAUAUUAUUUCCUUGAGGUGAUUGUCAAAAGCUUACAUUUUUGUAAAAGUCUGGCAAACUUCGCCAUCAUUAUAUGCAACUUUCCGCUGGAUGCUCUUGCUUUAAUAUGAGCUCUGUUAAAGUUUCCAUAUGGUUGUAAUAUAACAAGAUUUGAU